AUGGCACUGCCACCUCUCUGUGAGGGAUGUCCCCAGGGGUCUCAGGGUGGCUGUGCCCGCAGGGACGAGGAUGGCACUGCCAUCUUCGCCGUGAGUGACCAGAAGGACGUGGCGCUGGAGGUGCAGGUGACCAACGAGCCCUCGGACCCGUCGCAGCCGCAGCGGGACGGGGACGCGGCGCACCAGGCGCUGCUCGUGGCCUCCUUCCCCCCGGAGCUGCCCUACGCCGCCACCAGGGCCGAGGAGAGCGCGGGGCUCGGGGACAAGGUGCUGUGCUUGGCCAACCAGAACGGCUCCAGGGUGGAGUGCGAGCUGGGGAACCCCCUCCAACGCGGGGCCCAGGUGCGCUUCUUCCUCAUCCUCAGCACCUCGGGCAUCUCCAUCCACACCACGGACCUGGAGGUGCUGCUGGAGCUGUCCACGACCAGCGAGCAGCCGGGGCUGGAGCCGGUGGUCGCCCGCGCCCGCGUGGUCAUCGAGCUGCCCCUGGCCGUGACCGGCGUGGCCGUGCCCCCCCGGCUGUUUUUUGGGGGGCAGGUGCUGGGGGAGAGCGCGGUGAAGAGGGAGAGCCAGGUGGGCAGCGCCGUCCGCUUCGAGGUCACGGUGUCGCAGCGGGGGCCGGUGCUGAAGACCCCCGGCUCGGCGGCGCUGAGCCUGCAGUGGCCGCUGGAGCUGCCCAACGGGAAGUGGCUCCUGUACCCGCUGAGCCUGGAGCUGGGCACCCCCCCCGUGCCCUGCAGCCCCCCGGCCAACCCCCUGCGCCUCGCCCUGGAGCCGCCAGGCGGGGGGGGUCCCCCUGAGGAGCCCCCGGCCCGCUCGUGGUGGGUGCCCGCGGGGAGGAAGAGGAGGAACGUGACCCUGGACUGUGCCCGGGGCACGGCGCGCUGCCGCCCGUUCCGGUGCCCGCUGCCGUCGCUGGAGCGCUCGGAGCUGCGGGCGCGGGGGCGCCUCUGGAACGGGACCUUCCUGGAGGAGUUCCUGGACGUGGAGAACCUGGAGCUGAUCGUGCGCGCAGAGGUCUCGGUCACCUCCCCCCGCGGCAACGUCGUCAUCAGGGACGCGGUGGCACAGAUGUCGGUGUCCCUGCACCUGGACCCGGGCGUGGCCGUCACCGCUGUCCCCUGGUGGGUGCUGCCGCUGGCGGUGCUGCUGGGGCUGCUGCUGCUGGCGCUGCUGGUGCUGGGGCUCUGGAAGGUGGGGUUUUUCCGGCGGGCGGCGGCGGCUCCGCCCCCGGCCGUGCCGCGGUUCCGGGCCGUGCGCAUCCCGCGGGAGCAGCGGCCGCAGGCCCGCGAGGGCCGCACCGGGACCAUCCUGCGGCCACAGUGGGCGGCCGGACCCACGGACAGGGACGGGGACGGCGCCGCGCCCGGACCCGCCUGACGGACAGCCGGGAGGGACAGACGGACACGGCCGGACGGAUGGACACGGCACGGACAUGGGGGAUGGACACGGGAGAGACGGAGACAGCGCCGCGCCCGGACCCGCCUGACGGACACCCACGGACAGAUGGACACGGCAUGACGGACAGACGGACACGGCACGGAUGGACAGACAGACACAGCACAGACGCAGGGAUGGACACCGGAGGGACGGGGACGGCGCCGCACCCGGACCCGCCUGAUGGACAGCCGGGAGGGACAGACGGACACGGCCGGACGGAUGGACACGGCAUGGACACGGGGGAUGGACGGGGGAUGGACACGGGAGAGACGGAGACAGCGCCGCGCCCGGACCCGCCUGACGGACACCCGCGGACAGACGGACACGGCAUGGACGGACAGACGGACACGGCACGGACAGACGGACACGGCACGGACAGAUGGACACGGCAUGGACAGACGCACACGGCACGGACAGAUGGACACGGCACAGACACAGGGAUGGACACUGGAGGGACGGGGAGAGCGCCGCACCCAGACCCGCCUGACGGACACCUGGGAGGGACAGACGGACACAGCUGGACGGAUGGACACAUCAUGGACAUGGGGAUGGACACAGCAUGGACAUGGGAGGGAGGGGGACAGCGCCGUGCCCAGACCUGCCUGACAGACACCCACGGACAGAUGGACACGGCACGGACGGACAGACGGACACAGCACGGAUGGACAGAUGGACACGGCAUAGACACGGGGAUGGACAUGGGAUGGACAGGGACAGUGCUGCGCCAGGACCCGCCUGAUGGACACUGACAGACAGACGGACAUGGCAGGGACAGAUGGACACAGCACGGACAGGGGGAUGGACAGACAGACAGGGGAUGGACAUGGCAUGGGCACAGCAUGGACAAACAGACACAGGGAUGGACAUGGGACAUGGACAGAUGGACGUGGCAUGGUCACAGCUGGACACAGCGUGGACAGAUGGACACGGCACAUGGACAGAAGGACAUGGGGAUGGACAUGGGGAUGGACACAGCUGGACAGAUGGACACGGGACAUGGACAAAUGGACUCAAUAUGGACACGGGGAUGGGCAGGGGACAGGGGACAGGGAUGGUCCCUGGCUGUGCCCUGGGAAGGCCCCAUGGAGGCCCCACCAUGUCCUGGAGCUCCCAGGAUGGGCAGUGGCCGGACAGAGCCACGGCCCCAGGGGUCAGUUCGGCCCCAGGGGUCACUUUGUCCCCACGGGUCACUUUUUGUCCCCAAUAAAAGGCGCUGACCCCA